GCGAUGUAAUAAGCUAAGAAAAUGACGAUCGAUACUAUUCGCUUCAUAUAAAGGCGACUGCUAGUAGACAAUGUACAGGGACAUGCAUACCCCGUGUGAGGACUGAUACAUUUAAUUGUGAUGCAGUUUGCCAAAAUGUGUAGAACCGGUGAGAGGAUUGACACAUUAAAAAGAGAUUCAGAUUAUACCAUGUCUUCCAUAAGAUAUAUCUUCAUCAUAAUUAUGGUCUUGGGCCUUGUGGGAUCCGCAUGUUCAGCGGCAGCUGCAUUGGAAGGGCCGUGUACAGCUGAUGCAGAUUGCACAUUGACCACAAAUGCGGACAAGUGCGUUGAUACGGACAAUAACUCGGUGGUGGAUAAAUGCAAGUGUAAGACAGGGUACAUAGCAAACACUGGCAACACGGCUUGUGUAGCGGCAGCUGCAUUGGAAGGGCCGUGUACAGCUGAUGCAGAUUGCACAUUGACCACAAAUGCGGACAAGUGCGUUGAUACGGACAAUAACUCGGUGGUUGAUAAAUGCAAGUGUAAGACAGGGUACAUAGCAAACACUGGCAACACGGCUUGUGUAGCGGCAGCUGCAUUGGAGGGGCCGUGUACAGCUGAUGCAGAUUGCACAUUGACCACAAAUGCGGACAAGUGCGUCGAUACGGACAAUAACUCGGUGGUGGAUAAAUGCAAGUGUAAGACAGGGUACAUAGCAAACACUGGCAACACGGCUUGUGUAGCGGCAGCUGCAUUGGAAGGGCCGUGUACAGCUGAUGCAGAUUGCACAUUGACCACAAAUGCGGACAAGUGCGUUGAUACGGACAAUAACUCGGUGGUGGAUAAAUGCAAGUGUAAGACAGGGUACAUAGCAAACACUGGCAACACGGCUUGUGUAGCCAAUGGUGCUCUUAAAGGCACAUGUGCAACUAAUGCUAGCUGUAAUGGAACUACGAAUGCUGACGUCUGUACAACAAACAAGUGCGAAUGUAAACACGGGUAUUCAGCAAACACUGCUGAAACAGCCUGUAUAGCCAACGGUGCUCUUAAUGGAGUCUGUUCAGCUCCCCCUGACUGCACCCGAACUACCAAUGCGGACGUUUGCACGACCAGCAAGUGCGCGUGUAAAACUGGGUAUUCAGCAAACACUGAAGGGACAGUCUGUAUAGCCAAUGGAGCUCUUAAAGGCGUGUGUGCAAAACCUGCGGACUGUACAGGAACUACGAAUGCUGACGUCUGCACGUCAUUAAAGUGCGAAUGCAAAACCGGGUAUUCAGCUAACAUCGCUGAAACAGCUUGUAUAGUUGACGGUGCCCUCGGAGGAAAGUGCACCGUAUCAAGCGACUGUACCAGUACAACGAAUGCCCGUACCUGCACUUCCGCCAAAUGUAUGUGCGACACAGGAUUCUCCGCGAACCCAACUCAAACUGAAUGUUUGGCCGGAAAUACAGGUUCCGUUUCCAUGACAUCGACAUGGAUACUUGUAAUCGCUUAUGUGCCUGUAUCUAUAUAUCUAUAGAGUACGCACAUGCUUUUGCAGAACAAGUAAAUGUGGAAAGGUCCUAUGGACAAAAGGCGAGAAGUUAUGUGUGUUGUAACUGUAUGCAGAUUUUUAUUUUUGUGUGUUUAAAAAAUCCACGGUGAUGCUGCCUUUUACAUACUACCAUUCUUAGAGGAUAGAUUGUAAUUGUGUAGAAAUGAAUCGUGGUGGGCUUCUUUUUAUAUUUGUCAACAUAAACAAGAUGUUAUUAUAUCCUAAAACGAAAAGAGUUCACGUGUAAUCGACGAGUCCAUGAUGAUUGCAAAUUUCAAAGGACAAUUCUCUCUAUAUAGAUUGAGCCAAAUCACAAACAUAAAGCUAAAAUGUACUGAUAAAUAUAUAACAUAUAAAUAUAAAAAUAAAGAAACAACUUUCCGGACUUAUAUUUCCAUUUAAUUUCAAAACUUCCCCCCACCCAGCAUAUAUUUUUUAUUAAUAGUGGUGCUUGUUGCUAUGUGAUAAUAAUACCCAUACUUUUGUCUCUGAACAAAUAGACGUUAUAUUGAUUAUCUAAAAGCACAAUUUGGACAGGAUUACAAUAUCACGUAUGAUCAUAAUUAUGAACACGCUAUAUUAUUGUUUCAGAUAAAUACUUAUUAAACACGCAAUUGUCAAUUGAACAAGUCAUAUGAUGAAAAAGUAUCCGAAUAUUUCCCUUCACAAUUAGCCAACUAAUUGCUUAAACGCAUGAUUAUGCGUACA